AUGAUAUGUGUGCUUAGCGGAACGGAUUGCCAUUGCGUUGCCGGGAAAACCUGUCUAUUGCGGUGAUUUUAUUUUCAAGCGAAUUUUUGGCAGCAUUUUCGACGAAUGGAUUGCUGCAGGAUGUACUUCUGCUCUGUAGAUUGCCAUCCCGUGUUUCCCAGAAGUUAUCUUAUCAAACCUACUUUUAUCUUAACGAAUUUCUGUUCUUUAUCUGUACACUCUCUUGUGCUACCUACUUUCUUGAAAAACUACAAUUAUUACCAAACAUUCUUUGAUCUUUAUUUAUCCAUUUUUAUUCCUUCUUCAUUCUCUCUAAACCAAAAUAAAAUCACAAAAUCCAGUUUCCUGAUCUAGUUGUGUCCGGUUCGCCGGUGGCAACAAACCGUGACUCAUCUCUCUCUCUCUCUUUCCAUUCAAACUGCCCAUUUCUUGGCCACUUUCUUUGCUUCCACUUCUUUUUACAAUCCUCCAGCAGCUUCAAGUCACCUGAUUCUCUCCUCCAAGUAGUCUUUGCUCGACUCGUGCUCCGUGCUGCUCAUCCUAUCCUUCCCUCUAUUAUCCUAUCCGAUAACCGAUAGUGUUUGUGUUGAACAAGGAAGGAAGCGAACCUUAUUUGCAUAUCAAGUGUGCACUACUAGCCCCGUUUCCCACUUUCGAAAUGUUCGCCCUCUUGAUACCAUGUGAAAUGUUCGAUAUGUUUUCCUUUUUCCCCAUUUUGUGUCAAAAAGCGAUAACGAUAAGCGAUGAAUCAGAAUGUGAAAACGUAUAAAAUGGCUGCUCCCUCUCAUUCUUCCCGUUUUCAGUCCGAUGCGUCCAGCCGUCUUCUCUCUUCUCGUCGUCCUUCUGCUCGCCAAGUCCGUUCAGGCCGAUUGGUGGGACGGAUUCACCGACAAGGUUUGUGAAACGAGAAUCGGACAGUCAAGAUCAUAAAUGUCUAUAAUUCCAGGUCUCCGGAGGUCUGAACGACGCCGCUGGAUGGUUCAAGGAGACCGCGAGUCCAGCAAUCCGUGACAAGUUCAACGAGUACAAGGAGAAACUCCAGGAUCCGGACACCCACAAGAACAUCAGAGAAUGGCUCUCUGAGGUAAACAUCUUCCUUAUCUUGUUAUCAUCCAACACUGUCUUUCAGAAAUAUGACGCCGCCGCCGAGUUCACCAAGGAAGAGAUCGUUCCGGAGCUGAAGAAGGUGUACGAGGCAGCUACGGCCGAAGAGACGACGACUUCAGUGCCAAGGAUGAAUAAAGAGAACGGAAAAGGAACGGAAAAGCUGCAUAUUUAUUAUCAGUGCCUUAUCGAUGAUAACUUGUCAUUGUACUCCUUUGUAAGCAUAAAAACUGUCUGUUGAUCUAUUUGUGUUCGUCCCAAUCCAAAGAAUGAAAACGUUGUACAAUUUACUUAUUUUCUCGUGAACUUGAAACAGAAACUCCGGAAAGAAACGUGCUCUGGUCAGAUUGAAAGGGAAGAUAUGAAAAAACGGUUGGAAAGAUUGGGAAUAUCAUCACUUCAGUUUUUGCAACUGCUACUAGCACCUUCCACUAAUAAUAACAACUACUAACUACUCGGUAUGUGGAAAAAUGAGGAAAAGGCUAUGGAAUAUUGACGUCUUCCAGCAUCAUGGGAAAUCGUAUGGCUCAACCCCAGGCGAAACGGGAGAAACCGACGCACGCCGCCUUGAAAGUGGCGAUGAAGAGCGGAAGACGUGGCAUCGACAACGCCAACAAGCUUCCCACCGUGGCUCCUCGCAGACAAUGCCUCGUUCGAGUUCUCAAAAUGAACCGUAUUCACGACUACUUACAGUUGGAGGUCAGUUCUCAGUAGAGAGUAGUUUAAUCCGAAACGUCGGUUUAAGAAGGAGUUCAUCAACCGACAGAACCAGAAGAGACCGCUUGCCGUCCAGAAAAGAAACGAGCAGAAAAUUGUGCAGAGUCUGAGGGGCACUCCGACAACUUUGGCCCGAAUCCACGAGCUCUUCGACGAUGAGAAGCACGCCGUCGUGGUGGUCGAGGGAUCGAAGCGGGAGUGGUACGUGCCGAUUCUCUCGAUCGUCGACAAGGACCUGCUCCGUCUGAACGCUCUCGUGAUGGUGAAAGCCGGCGGAAUGUUCAAGACGGUGCCAACGGCGAUUGUCGGAGUUCUCGACGACAAAGUGGACAGCAGUGCGAUGGGACACAAGGUCGAAAAGGCACCGAAAGAGACGUUCGACGACAUCGGAGGGUGCGAGAGCCAGAUUCAGGAGAUGAAGGAGUCCGUCGAGCUGCCGUUGACUCAUCCGGAGUACUACGAGGAGAUGGGAAUCACUGCUCCGAAAGGAGUGAUUCUCUACGGAGAGCCCGGAACCGGGAAGACUCUUCUCGCCAAGGCCGUCGCCAACUCGACCUCCGCCACGUUCAUCCGUGCCACGGGAGCCGAUCUUGUGCAGAAGAACAGUGGAGAAGGAGCACGACUCGUCCGACAGCUGUUCCAAAUGGCCAAGGAGCAGGCGCCGUCGAUUGUGUUCAUCGAUGAGAUUGACGCUGUCGGAACGAAGAGAUUCGACACGUCGUCGCGCGGAGAACAGGAAGUGCAGAGGACUUUGCUCGAGCUGCUCAACCAGUUGGAUGGUUUCGAAAGCCGUGGAGACGUCAAGGUGAUCAUGGCCACCAACCGCAUCGACUCGCUGGACCCCGCCCUCAUCAGACCUGGCCGCAUCGACAGAAAGAUCGAACUGUCGAGACCGGAUGAGAAGACGAGGCAGAAGAUCUUCGGGGUGAGAUCAACAACGAGUUCAAGCAAACUUAUGCAGUUUUUCAGAUUCACACGAGCGGCAUGACUCUUCAGAAAGACGUGUCGUACGAGGGAGUGAUGGGGAAGGAGAAGAGCAUCAGCGGAGCCGAGAUGAAGGCGGUGUGCACGGAAGCUGGAAUGCUGGCUCUGCGUUCUCAGCGAAAGUGCGUCAGCGCGGACGACUUCCAGAAGGCCAUCAAGACGGUGAUGCUGACGAAGAAGACCGGAGCGCCCGAAUCCUUCUAUACUUGA